AUUAUUUCAAUUAGAAUUUAGAUACUUCGAUUAAGUCUUGUUUUUUAUAAUAAAUAUCUAAUAUUAUGGAAUUUGCUGGUCUCUGUCGCUGUUGCCUUUCAGAAGGUGCUAAUAAAGAUGUAAUUACUCCGUACACUUGGUUAGAUAAACAAGAAAUUUACAGAAAUAUGCUACAGGAAUGUUUUAAUAUCACACUAAGCACAAACACGAUAUGUACUCUAAUUUGUGAUAUAUGUGUAAAGAGUCUUCGGGAUGCUCACCAUUUCAGACAAAAGGUUUUAUGUUCAGAGGAACAGUUAUUGAAAAGGAUAACUGAAAUUGAAACAGAUAAAAAACUGCCGUUGGUCAAAUCUGAGCCGGGAGACACUGAUGACAAUGACUCCGACAACUACUUCCUCGCCAGCACCAUUAAAAAUGAAUCGCCAGCACCCAUCCAGAAGAUUGUGAGAAAAGUUAACAUAAAGAGUAAGAAGAAGGAGCGUAUAGAGAAGAAGUUUAAGAAUCUGGUCAACAAAUUGGCUAUAAAUAGCUGUGAGAAAAAAAAAAUGAAAAAAGACAUUAAAGUUAUGAAGGGCAGGAAGUUGACCAUCAAGAAGGAUAUAGAGAUUAACGUGACAUUUACCAAUACGAGACUGACACAGGAUAAGCAGAAACACAGAGAGAACUUGCUCACAAUAUUGAAAUAUUCAAACGCAACACCCUUCAAGGACAAGUCUCUGCUCGGCUUCAUCUGUGGAUACUGUAACGCAUCAUACCCCGAUCCAACGGACUUGAAGAAUCACACGGAUUUGGAUCAUAUCAAGGAGCGUCUGGACUUCAAGUCCUCGUUCGACAUGACAGAGUACAACGUGAAGCUGGACGUGGUCAAUUUGAUGUGCACGUUGUGCGGCGAGAGAAUGGAGAAUCUGUACAAGCUAAGAGAUCAUUUGAUCAAGACCCACAACAAAGUCUUCCACAGAGACAUAAAAGACCACCUGCUGCAGUUCAAGCUAAAGAAGGGCGAUGUUUUCGACUGUGCGCUGUGCCCCUCGACGUACGAGACUUUCAAGAUGUUGAAGCAGCACAUGAACAAGCAUUACUGCAACUACAGCUGCAGCAAAUGCGAGAACUCGUUCGCAACCAAACGCUCGUUGAACACCCACCAGACUACACACGAGGAGGGUAGUUUCAAAUGCGACCAUUGUGACAAAAUAUUCUCGACUAAAACAAAGAAGCAGUAUCACGAGAAGACCAAGCAUUUGGGUGCUAGGAAUAUAAGUAACUGUCCCUACUGUGAUGUGCCGUUCAGGAGUUACUAUCAGAGAAACCAACACCUGGUGAAAGUUCACAACUCUGAGGCCCAAUACAAAUGCAACGUGUGCAGCAAGGGUUACAUACUGAAAUCACUCCUGAUGUGUCACAUAAAGAAGAAUCACUUGAUGGAGAGGAACUGCCAAUGCACGGAGUGCGGCUACAAGUUCUUCAGCAAGAAAGCCCUCAAGGCGCACAUGAUAAAACACAGCGGUGAGAGGAAAUUUAUAUGCGAGGUGUGCCACAAGUCGUAUGCAAGGAAGUACACGCUGAGAGAGCAUAUGCGGAUCCACAAUGAUGAUAGGCGGUUCAAAUGUGAUAUUUGUGGUACGGCCUUCAUACAGAAAUGCAGUCUGAAGUCACACCUACUGUCCCAUCACGGCAUUAGUUUAGCUGCUAGCGAUAUACCUAUAUCAUGAGCCUUAUACGUCCAAAUAAAACUAUUUUAUUGACA